AUGAGACCGUCGGGCUGUGGGACGCGAGCACGGGCCAAGAACUCCACAAAUUCGAGGAUAUAUCGUCUAUCACAAAAAUCAAAUUUACAAUCGGCAAUAAGACUUUACUCACUAAUCGAGGAGCUCUAUCCAUCGACGAUCGAAUACUUCUGGUAA